GUUCUGUUUGCAAUCUUUUAAUGUGCAUUUAAAACCACAUACUUUUUCCCAAUCACCACUCUUCUAAGUGGACUCUAAAGCAUUUGUUCAGUGGCCAUCAUAAUCAAGUCACACAUAACUAUGGCUUUCCAAUUCAAUGGGGAAUAGCAUAUAGAGUUUCUUCUGUUUGUAUUUUGGAAAGUUUGUGGUACAGAAUUCAGUUAGAAAGUUUGUGAUAUGAAAGCUUAUGGAAAUACGUAAGAUACUGAACAUGUACAUGCUAAAAAGAGAUGAACAGGUAAUAUGCAGCCAGAGAAAUCCUAGUUAACUUGAGGUAACAUCCCUCAUUCAUAGAAUUGUCAAAACUUUCUUCACAGUGUACUCUAAAGUAGAGCUCAAAUUGCAGAGUUUUAGCCAAAGAUGAAGAAAUCAGUGGCAUGGAUUUGCAUUCUAGUGGGUGUUUUGGGUAUGAUAGCUUUUGUAUUAGGCAUUGCAGCUGAAGCAAAGCAUAACAAGGCUGAUGAAGUGAGACUGAAUGAAAGUGGGAGAUGCACAUAUCCAAGGAGUCCUGCCUUUGCAAUGGGGGUGGUUGCAGCAUUGGCUCUAAUGAUGGCUCAGUUGGUUACAAAUGUUGCAGCUGGUUGUCUCUGUUGUGGAAGGCAUGUUCAUUAUCAGGCACCCUUGAACACUAGCAUUGCCAUCAUAUGCCUCAUUCUUUCCUGGGUUACAUUCAUAAUUUCAUUCAGUGUCCUUCUGGCUGGAGCUGCUCUAAAUGACCAGCACAAUGAAGAUGAGGCCUUUUUCUCUACCUAUUGUUAUGUGGUAAAGACUGGGGUGUUUGCAGGAGGAGCAGUGUUGUCUUUGGUGACUGUAGUACUGGACAUUAUCUACUAUACAAUUGCAUCUGCUGUUAAGAAUUCAGCUGCUUGGAUGCAUGAGAAUCAAGAUGUUUCUAUGACACAAUCACAGUCUGGAACACAAAAUACCCAACCUGUUUUUGUGCCUGAAAAUGCAUACACCCAAUAUUAUGAGAAUCCCCAAUACAUGGAAGGCUCACAGCAAAUCAAUCGACCAGCACUAGCAGAUCCUAGACAGAGUUCAACUUGGAGGUGAUGUCACUGAAAUAUCUUGAGUGUCUGUUAUCAUAGCCUUAAAGUUCAAAACAUAAUAUUCGAUGAUCGGGAUCUCUCUGCUUCUCACUGGUGUUGCUUUCAUUGUUUAGAUGACUUUAUUGUUAUAUGUGACUUUAAGGAGUUAUCUUGUGUCCUAUAUUAUUGAAUUGGGUGCAUGAUUAAAGUCUACUUGACAUAUCUCAAGCAACUACACGUUAUUAUGAUGGGUAUAGAUAUGGAGGAUUGCUGUAGCUGAACUUCAUCCAACAGGAUGAUUGGAAUCCCACAGUUUUGCAGGGCUUAUCACAUUCUCACUAGCUAGUUUGUUGUUUUUUUAAUCUUAUUUAUGCAUGUUCCUUUUACUAGUUUAUCCUAUCCUAGUAUCACAAUGAUGGCUGUGGACUAAAAGUGUCUAUGCACAGAGUUCUCAUUGAACAUUCUAAGUUAUCUAAAAAUGAAUUUUGAAUAUCAUUUUAUAUGAA